AUUUCACUCUUCCUUAGUUAUUUCUUUACUUAUACAGUUUGUGAAAGGCUAUCUACCUGAAAACAUGGGUUCCAACCUGCCCUAUGCCGCCGAUGCUGAAAGUCCGCUGAAGCCAGCGGAGCUCCAGGUCCUGCGGUCGCAGUACGAAAAGGAAGGUGACUAUGUCGGUAUUCAAACCAAGUUCAACUUUGCCUGGGGCCUGAUCAAAUCCAACGCACGAACGGACCAACAGGAAGGAGUUCGUUUGCUAUCAGAGAUUUUCCGCGCUGCCCCCGAACGUCGACGAGAAUGCCUCUACUAUCUGGCCCUCGGUAACUACAAGCUUGGCAACUACGGCGAAGCCCGGCGAUACAACGAUCUUCUGCUCGAAAAGGAGCCCGCCAACCUUCAGGCCGCCAGCCUCGGCACCCUGAUCGAUGAGAGAGUGUCCAAGGAAGGAUUGCUGGGGUUUGCGAUCGUGGGUGGGCUUGCUCUCGCCGCAGGUGUGGUGGGAGGUAUGGUGUUCCGGGGCGCUAAGAGACGGACGCCAACGCUGACGGGCCAGAUCGAAAUCCCGCCAGAUACGGAAGGAGAAUUCCCCGAUCCUCCAACGUCUGUCCCUGAAGACCGGCCAGCUCCCCCGAGAAACCCAUGGGCAGACCACAACCCCUGGGAUCAUGACGACUUGAACAGAGACACCGACUGGGGCUCAGGCAAUGGAUACCGUCACCACACCUACAGAUCUCCGGAUGGCCGGUUUACGUUUUCCAGCACUACAUUCACACGGCGUGGUUCUGGUCAGCAAAUGCCGCCGGAUCCUCUGAUGCCUAUGACGGAGUACAGGCAACCCAAUGAGCGGGAUUCACCACCGGCACCGUGGAGGAGCGACAGGCAGAACCAACAAAGGUUCAGCCCAAAUGGUUCGAGGGUAUACAGCACGUCGUUUGAUUUCGACAUGAACACGCGGAGCAAUGGGGGCAUGGGGUCCGAGUUCCAUACAGCAGGGGGACUACAUCCUCGUGAUGCAGAUAGUCCACAGCCCAUGGGUACUCCUCUACGAACUCUGGGCGAUAUUCUUGAGCUAUUCCGAAAUGAUUUUGGAAGCAACGGUUCACCCGGUAGCCCCGGAGUCCGUGUCAUGACCGGACCGAACCCCAUUGCGAUUUUGUCGACUUUGCUCAACCUGGAUCGGCAUGGGGAUGCGGUCUACUCGCAAGAAGAACUAGACCGGGUAAUAUCACAGCUGAUUGAUCAGAAUGCACGGGGGACGGCGCCGCCUCCCGCGGCUCCCAGUGCGAUCCAGUCUCUACCGAAGAAAAAGGUGGACCAGGAUAUGCUGGGCAGCGAAGGCAAGGCGGAAUGUUCGAUUUGCAUGGACCCGGUAGAAUUGGGCACGGAGGUCACAGAACUCCCCUGCAAGCACUGGUUCCACUACAACUGUAUUGAGAUGUGGCUGAGCCAACAUAAUACGUGUCCUCACUGCCGGCGAGGCAUCAACAUUCCAGCAGAACCAGAAGGAAGCAGCGAAAACCCGGUGGUCAUCAACAGUAGUCCGGAGACGUCACCCCGUCGACCGAGCGGCGCUGCUCGCGAGCAUAGCGGACAGUCGCCGCCACAGUGGUUCGGGACUGGACCCGAGACAGGACAGGAACAGGAUCAACGAUCCAGUCGGAAUGACAAUCAAGGCGGAGGCUUUGCCGGCUGGGUUCGCAGCCAUUUCGGCGGAGGCAACCCAUCUACGUCUACCCCUCAUACAAUCUGUCUCUCUCUCUCUCUCCUUCUUCCUUCCUUCCUGGUCAAUUCCUAUACAGCACUCCGAGAAACAGCCCUCGCCAUGAAGACCCUCUACAGAAACGGCCACUUCGUCACUCCCCAAUCCCCCAACCCAACAUGCAUGGUCACCGAGAACGACCGCAUAAUCUACCUGGGCGAGGAGUCCACCGCAACAACCCUCCACCCCGACAGCGAGAUCCACGAUCUGGGAGGUCGUAAAGUCCUCCCCGGCUUCAUUGACGGACACAUGCACCUCCUCCUCUUCGGCGCAAGCCUGUCCAAAAUCAACCUAGGGAACUGCACCUCGCUGUCCGACAUCCGCAGCACCAUCAAAGCUGCCGCCGCCGCCAACCCGACGGCCGCGCGGCUCUUCUGCCGCGGCUGGAUGCACUCCAUGACCAACGGCGAAGCCCUAGCCUCCAUGCUGGACGACCUCGACCCGCGCCCCAUCUUCAUCGACUCCAAGGACCUGCACUCCGCGUGGUGCAACUCCGCCGCUCUCGCCGAGCUCAACGUCGCCCACACCCCCGACCCGGCCGGCGGUGUCAUCCACCGCGACGCCGCAGGCACCCCCACCGGCCUCCUCAGCGAAGCCGCCGCCGUGAACAUCGUCUGGCCGCACGUCGCCCAGGUCGCCUCGCUCGACGAGAAACUGCACUUCAUCCGCGCCGGCAUCCGCGAGUACACGCGCGCCGGCUACACGGGCGUCGUCGAGAUGGCCACGGACGAGAACCUGUGGAGCACCGUGCUGGCCCUCCGCGAACGCGAGGAGGUCAACAUCCGCCUGGCCGCGCACUGGAUCAUCUCCCCGAGGACGACGAGGAAGAGGCAUCAAGGUCAUCUGCGACGCGUCGUCGAUGCCUGCACGGCGGCCCUGACCGAGCCCUACGCGUCCAACGGGGACAACUGCGCCCCGCUCUGGGAUGCGGAUAUCCUUAAGAAGGUGGUGCGUAAGGCGGACCGUGCGGGCCUGCAGUGCGCCCUCCAUGCAAUCGGCGACGCCACGGAUGCAAAGCGCCUCGGCGACCUGGGCAUCACCGCCUCCGUGCAGCCCGUGCAUGCCGAUCCUGCUAUCCUGCGCGCGUGGCCGCGGUUGCUGGGGCCGGACCGGUGUGGGCGGGCAUUUGCGUACAAAGAUUUCUUGGACCAUGGGGCGCAUCUAGCCAUUGGCACGGAUUCACCCACGGCGCCACAUCUGCCGCUACGGAACUUGUAUACGGCCACGACGCGGCGCUCGGCGAGGGAGCCCGAGUCGCUGGAGACGGUGAAUGAGCAUUUCAGCCUGGGGUUGUUGGAGGCUAUUACGGCUGCUACCGCGGGGUCGGCGUAUAGUUGCUUUGCGGAUGGGUUCGCGGGGACGCUAGAGGUGGGCAAGAAGGCGGAUUUCGUGGUGGUCGAUAUGGCUUGGGAGGCGGAGCGGUUGUUGCAGGCGGAGGUGUGGGAGACGUGGUUUGAUGGACGGCGGGUGUGGCGGAGGGAGUAA